AUGGCGGGAAUUGACUACAUCGAUCCGGAAAGCAUGUUCCGAGCCAUUGAUUCUGGUUCUACGCCAGACAUGAGGCCUAUACCUGAGAUCCUCAACAAGAAUGACGUACAGUGGCAAAGCCGACCACGUAUAGCGAGCAUCUUUCAAGACUGGAAGUUACUGAGAGCUAUCAUGGAGCGGCACGAAGCAACCAUUCAGAAGCGGUGGCGCAAGAAGACUAAAGUACAGCGCCUCAAGAUUCUCCUGACGGCAUGGCCUGAAAUGGCAGCGUCGCAUCGGCCUGAUUACUUUGCACUUAGGAAAGAGACUGCAGAGGAACGGCGGGCAGGUACAAAAUAUCGCGCAUAUUUUUUAUGGCCGUAUAUCAACCAAGAGGACCUUACCGACGCUAAAAAAUUGUUGCUGCUUUUUCAAGCACGAGGACGAAGCUCACCGGAUGUCUUCGCCAUAGCAGAUGAACAAGCUGCACAUCUCGGAUUCACCUCUGGAGCGAUCGUUCAGCCCUUCCUUAACAACUACACCAUGUACUUCUCUGGCCGUAGUACGGCCGAAGUAUAUGGUGAGAUUGUUGCGUGGGAUGAUGACGAUGCUGCAUUCCAGGAUAUGAUGUACCAGAGAGCAUUACAACCCGGUGCGGGUCUUACACUUCUGGAGAUUCAAGAGCGCAUCUAUGACUUCUUGGUUGAGUGUUGCAAGAACAUUUUGCAUGAUAUAUCCGGUAUUGCGCUCACGAGCGAUGCAUAUCCGAUACAGUCGGAAGUUUCAAUCGCAAAAGAUACCGCCAUCGGAUUUGACUCGCUUGCGGUAAUGGCCGCGGAAGCGCCGUAUCGCGUGCCGGCAGAGUUCGACCUUGCAAGGCUUCAAUCGCUCUUCGCAGCCAGGGUUUCGGCAGCAGAAGAUCACAUAUGGUCAAUGCGCGAGGAUCCUAGUUACUAUGCCGAGCACCUAACGGAAGCUAGUGAGCACCGGACUGAGAGACUGAGAGACUCAGCCGGGAAGGCGCACCCGUUCUUCAGCGUAGCUUCGAAUGAGCCGUUUUGGGCAUAUGUGAUUAGCGACGUGACUGGAAACGCCCACGUUCUACUUGAGGUGUUUCAAGAGCUCUAUCUUCAAGUGAUUGCGCUAGGCGAGCUGCAUACGAAGUACGCGAAGGAUCUCAGAGUCGAUCAGGACCUCCCGCAAGAGUAUCUGCAUGCUCUGCUCAGGUUCCGUUACUACCUCGACCAAGCCGUUAAAGGCCCUCUGCGGCAGCUUCGUAACUAUGCGCUUGCAUCUCCGCCUAUGCGUCCAUACUUUGCUCGAUCCCCUGCAGAAGGUCAACCUCUGAAGAACCAGAUCGUGCAGAAGCCUGGUGUGAAAUUCGACAAGUCGCAGCAUGAGCUUCUGCAACUGCUGAUGGUGCUGUGGGAAAAUGAUUAUCGAGUGCACUUGAUCGGCCAAACAACGGCAGUUGACGAGCUGGAGCGGCUCCUUCGAAGCGAGCCGAAUGCCCGCGACAUGAUAUCCAGCUAUGUCGCCAGCAUCAUCUCUAACCUAUCUGUUCUUACAGAAGUAACUCGACAGCUGAGUAGAUUCCAGCCUUGGGCGCAAACGUUUGAAGACACCAUGGUCAACCACAGGGAAGCGAUUGAGGAGGACUACAACCAGCGCACCAAACACUGGAAUGGCUUGCUUGAAGUCGCCAGAGGUUCUUCACAAAGUCAGCUCGUUCGUCUCGGCGAUCCAACAGAGAGGCGUUUCUACUAUCCAAUCGAUAAGCGGAGGAGUAAGGAGAAUGUCGAGGCCGUGCGCUCUGCUGAGCAGGGUCUUGACGCCUUCUGGGCUGAAUUCGAUCGUGCCUUGCUGACGAAGAUGGGCGAGAACCUGCCGGGCACAGCUUUGUGGAAGCUCUUGUCUUGGCCGAGGACGUUGCAAAGGAUGCCGGAAUGGACUGAACCGAAGAAGAAGCUGGGGACUGGGCAGCACGUGGACGCGGGCGGUGCACUCGCAAAACCGCUGUCGGAACUGUACCUCGAUCUUCAGCAGCGUACAGAAAAAACCAUUGAUCGUUCACGCCCUGCUCAGAUCGCUAGCAUGAAGACCAAGACUAAAGGUACGGGAAAUCCUCCUCGGACGCACGAAGACCCGCCAUCUAGCGCACAACCCGAUCCUCAGCCAGUCUUCGCUGUUGACGCUCGCGCACUCAAAGUGUUUCGCACCCUCCUCUUCUUCACGCCAUCUGCCCAUGCAACACCUGGCGAAUUGGCGUGGACGGACUUUCUAUAUGCCAUGGACUCCGUAGGCUUUCAUAUCGAGAAGCUGCAUGGUAGCGCUUGGCAGUUCCAGCCAACCAAACUCGGCAUUGAGCGGGGUGUACAGUUUCACGAGCCACAUCCAAGUGGCAAGCUGACGUACAGAGUCGCUAGGCGAAUCGGACGGAGACUGGAAAGGGCAUAUGGAUGGUUCAGCGGAUCGUUUGUGCCGGGGGACAAGGAUGGUGGGAAGGCUCAGCAAUAG